GCCAAACUAACAACCCAUUUUUAAGGACCUGUUGAUAUUCCGAGAAUCCGUUUUUUCCGGUCACGAAAAGCCUGAAAACAGUUGGAAAUGGUCGAUUUGGACGUCUUACAUCGCUCCAAUCAGUGGCAUUGCCGCCCUAUUCCCCCUCCUCCAUCGUGGUCUAGGGUUAAGAGACGGAGAAACCUCCAGACAGCGGACCGAUCUUCUUUUUCUCGCCCGUGUUCCCAAAAUCCUACACUUCCACGUCGUUGUCUGAUCAAGGGUUCUAUUUUCGUUCGCAUUUGGGGAAGAAGCUGCGUCUUUGCAGAGGCUGGGAGCUGCAGACCUUCAGAAGCCUCAAAGUUUAAGGCGGGGGAGCCUGGCCUAUGGGAGUUGCACCCUAUUCAGUUGACAGAUCUGACAUAGGAAUGGCAACAUUUGAACUCUACCGUCGAUCGACUAUUGGCAUGUGUUUGACAGAAACAUUGGACGAGAUGGUCUCAAAUGGGACUCUCAGCCCAGAGCUUGCUAUUCAAGUUCUUGUUCAAUUUGAUAAGUCUAUGACUGAAGCUUUGGAGACUCAAGUCAAGAGCAAAGUCUCUAUUAAAGGACAUUUGCACAUUUAUAGGUUCUGCGACAACGUGUGGACCUUCACCUUACAGGAUGCUAUGUUCAAAAAUGAGGAAUGUCAAGAGUUCGUCCGUAGGGUCAAAAUAGUGGCAUGUGACUCGAAGCUGCUUACACAGUGAGUCAUAUAGCACAGCUGUUUGCUGCUGUGAAAUACCUAAUGGAGGGGCCAUAGAGGCUGGAAGAGAGUGGGAGUUUGCCCACCAUUUGUAGAAACUAGAAAGAUCCUUGUGGAUAAAAGAUUAGAAUCCCCUCCCCCUCUUAUUCCACUCCUUUAUUAUGGAUUAUCAAGGGAAAACAUGAGUCAGUUAAAGAAUUGAAAUGAGAAAGACAUUAAAUAUUGUGUUAGUUACUAUAAAAGAAAUGUGAUUCAAGAAUUUUAUUGGUUA